AUGACGUCCGACCUGAUUGAAGACGAAGGAGAUCGCGAAAGACGCCAGCGAUACGAAGAGACAGAGCGUGAACUGCUGGCGGUGCUGGAAGCUGAAAGCGUGGAUGAGUCGACCCGUAAACGGAAGCUUGUGGGGCUGUUUGACCGCUUUCGAACGGAAUACACGCAGUUGAGCGUGAAGUUGCGCGAGAAUAUGCGGCUGCAGCGACGUCUCAUGGAUAAAUGUCUGCAGAUGAAGAACGAACUUGUGGUUUGUGCGCUCCGGAUUAAAACGACCGAACAAACGAAUGCGAGCAUGCCUGGAAGCAAAGCGCGUUGA